AGUUGCGUUUCUAUCUUAGAGAAACCGAAGAUUUCAAUUUUCUUAAUCUGAAACGAAUCCAUCAUCUAGGGUUUUGAUUUUUUUUUCUGUUACGGUACAAAAAUGGCGGAUACUGCUCCGAGAAAGCUGAUUGUGGAGGUCUGCAACGCCAAGAAUCUGAUGCCGAAGGAUGGGCAAGGGACGGCGAGCGCGUACGCGAUCGUCGAUUUCGAUGGACAACGACGGCGGACGAAGACGAAGUUCCGAGAUCUGAAUCCGCAGUGGGACGAGAAGCUUGAGUUCCUCGUCCACGAUCUGGAAUCCAUGGCGGAGGAGAUCCUAGAGAUCAAUCUGUACAACGAUAAGAAGACCGGGAAGAGAAGCACGUUCCUCGGUAAGGUUAAGAUCGCCGGAAAUGCGUUCGCGAAGAUCGGAUCCGAAACUCUAGUGUAUUACCCGUUGGAGAAGAGGAGCGUGUUCUCGCAGAUUAAGGGAGAGAUCGGGUUAAAAGUGUAUUACGUCGAUGAGUCUCCGCCGCCACCACCGGAGGCGGAGCAGAAACCGGAGGCAGCGGCCCCAGACGGCGCGGCCUCCGGGGAGGAGAAACCGCCGGAGAAUCCGAAAACAGAGGAGGAGAAGAAGGAGGCAGAGUCGAAAACAGAGGAGAAGAAGGAAGAAGAGAAGAAAGAGGAGGAGAAACCGAAGGAGGAACCAAAACCGGAGGAGAAAUCUGAGGCUCCGGCGGAGAGUACGGCCAAGCCACCUGACGCAGCAGCGAAGUCUCCGGCGCCGGCGUCAGCUUCCCCGGCGGAGGGGCAGAAUCCGCCUCUGGCUCAGGCGGAGAAGUCGGAGAAGGCGAAGCACAGAGAUGGAGAAAAAACGGUGAUAGGAAACCAGCAUAGUCUAACCGGAAGCGAUCUAGAGCUACACUCUCUAGCUAACGACCGAAACCGUGGCGGUUACGAUCUCGUGGCUCGGAUGCCGUUUCUGUAUGUUCGCAUCGCGAAAGCAAAGCGAGCGAAAAACGAAUCGAAUCAUCCGAUCUACGCAAAGCUAGUGAUUGGAACACACAGCGUGAAAACGAAGACGCAAACAGGAAAAGACUGGGACCAAGUGUUCGCGUUCGAGAAGGAGAGUCUGAAUUCGAGCUCGUUGGAAGUUUCCGUCUGGAACGAAGAGAAAGGUGAAAACGAUGCGACGACGGAAGAUUGCUUAGGAACGGUGUCGUUUGACUUGCAGGAGGUUCCAAAGAGAAUCCCUCCAGAUAGUCCAUUGGCUCCUCAAUGGUACAGUUUGGAGUCGGAGAAGUCACCGGAAAAUGACGUCAUGCUCGCCGUCUGGAUCGGGACUCAAGCAGAUGAGGCUUUCCAAGAGGCGUGGCAAUCGGAUUCUGGCGGGUUGAUCCCGGAGACCCGAUCCAAGGUUUACUUGUCCCCGAAGUUGUGGUAUUUACGUCUAAUGGUCAUCCAAACCCAGGAUUUGCAGCUUGGUUUGGGAUCUGAAGCUAAGCAGAAGGGCAACGCUCCAGCCGAGCUGUAUGUAAAGGCUCAGCUUGGCGCUCAGGUCUUCAAAACGGCUCGGACGCAUAUCGGGUUGUCCCCUUCUUCGGCUGGUUCGGGAAACCCGACAUGGAACGAGGAUCUGGUCUUCGUAGCCGCUGAGCCGUUUGAGCCGUUUCUGGUAGUGUCAGUGGAAGACGUGACGAACGGUCAAUCGAUCGGUCAGACCAAGAUACACAUGGGAAGCAUCGAGAGGAGGAAUGAUGACCGGACAGACCCGAAAUCGAGAUGGUUCAACCUCUCUGGAGACGAGAACAAGCCAUACGCCGGUAGGAUCCACGUGAAAGUUUGCUUGGAAGGUGGGUAUCACGUUCUAGACGAGGCUGCUCACGUGACAAGCGAUGUCCGAGCUGCCGCUAAACAGCUAGCCAAGCCACCCAUCGGUUUGCUCGAGGUUGGAAUCCGAGGGGCUACAAAUUUACUACCGGUGAAAACCAAGGACGGUACACGUGGUACCACCGACGCAUACGUUGUGGCUAAAUACGGACCGAAAUGGAUCCGUACACGCACAAUCCUCGACCGGUUUAAUCCGAGAUGGAACGAGCAGUAUACGUGGGAUGUGUAUGACCCGUGUACAGUUCUCACAAUCGGCGUAUUCGACAAUGGCAGAUACAAACGGGAUGAAUCCGGGAAACAAGUGAAAGAUAGAGACCUUCGGAUUGGGAAAAUACGUAUACGUUUGUCCACGCUAGAUAUGAACCGUGUGUAUGUAAACUCUUACGCGUUAACGGUUCUACUACCGAGUGGGGCCAAGAAGAUGGGAGAGAUUGAGCUUGCGGUUCGAUUCUCAUGCCCGUCGUGGAUUAGCGUCAUACAAGCUUACACAACACCGAUGCUCCCGAGGAUGCACUACGUUCGGCCUCUCGGUCCAGCCCAACAAGACAUCCUCCGUCACACCGCAAUGAGAAUCGUCACUGCCCGGCUCACGCGGUCUGAGCCACCGUUAGGCCAAGAGGUGGUCCAGUUCAUGCUGGACACUGAUACGCACGUGUGGAGCGUGAGGCGUAGUAAAGCCAACUGGUUCCGAGUCAUCACGUUCCUAUCACGCACCGCUACUCUCGUUCGCUGGAUCCACGGUAUCCGUACUUGGGCCCACCCACCGACCACCGUAUUAGUUCACCUACUUCUCGUGGCCAUUGUCUUGUGUCCACAUCUUGUCCUCCCGACCGUUUUCAUGUACGCUUUCUUGAUCCUCGCGCUCCGUUUCCGUUACCGCGGUCGCGUCGUUUUCAACAUGGACCCUCGUCUCUCCUGUGUGGACGCUGUCGCGGCCGACGAGCUCGACGAAGAGUUCGACGGGUUCCCGACGACGAGACCGCCGGAGAUCGUACGGAUCCGGUACGACCGGUUGAGGGCGUUAGCCGGAAGGGCACAGACACUGUUGGGUGACGUGGCGGCACAGGGGGAGAGGUUCGAGGCGUUGGUCAACUGGCGGGACCCACGUGCCACGGGGAUAUUUGUUGUGUUCUGCCUGUUGGCGUCGUUUGUGUUCUACGUCGUGCCGUUUAAGGUGUUCGUGUUGGGGUCCGGAUUUUACUAUUUCCGACACCCGAGAUUCAGAGACGACAUGCCUUCGGUUCCCGUCAACUUUUUCCGGCGACUCCCUCCCAUGUCCGAUCAGAUCCUGUGAUCCACGGCCUUGUUUUUUAAAAUUUUUUGUCUUGUCGUGUUUUAUAUUUUAUUUAAUUUUACCGUACCAUUUAUGUCAA